AUGGCCGCUAAGGGUAGUGCUGUACCAGUAAUUGACUUGCAAGAUUUCUCAGGGCUGCCUAAAAAAUUAGUGAGGGCUUGUGAAGAAUGGGGAUGCUUAAGGAUUGUAAACCAUGGUGUUCCAAUGGAACUGAUGACCGAAAUGAAGAUCGUUUCACGUUCACUCCUUGACCUCCCAGUGGAAAUCAAACUGAGAAACUCUCAUCCUGAGCAUGGCAAAGGAUACACCCCACCUAAUAUGCCAAGCCCAUAUCUUGAGGGUUUGAAUUUAUACGAUAUGGCCUCAUCUGGAGCAGUCGAUGAUUUCUGUGCUCAAGUUGGUGCGUCCCCUCAUCAAAGAGAGAUAAUAGAGAAGUAUGCUUUUGCUGUGUAUGAUCUUGCACAAAACCUAGGCAGCAAACUGAUGGAAGGUUUAGGGUUGGGUCGUCAUGAGUUGUUCAAGCAAUGGCCAUGCCAACUGAAAAUGAACAAAUACAAUUACAGUCAUGAAACUGUUGGAUUAACCGGUGCUGUGACGCAUACAGACCCCGGAUUUCUCACAAUACUGCAGGAUGAUGAGACAGUUAAUGGCCUGGAGGCAGUGGACAAGUACACUGGAGAACUGGUUUCAGUUGAUCCCAUACCAGGGACCCUCGUUGUCAAUGUUGGAGAUGUGGCUAAGGUAUGGAGCAAUGGGAGGUUUUGCAAUGUGAAGCACAGAGUGCAGUGCUACGAGCCAAAAAUCCGCACCUCAAUUGCAUUGUUUGUAUUGGCUCCAAGGGAUGAAAAUGUGGAGGCGUUGCCCCAGCUGGUGGACGUCCACCACCCUCGUCUUUAUGUUCCUUUCCAUUUUGAAGACUACAGAAAGCUACGAAUUUCCACAAAAUCACUAACUGUUCUCCACUUCAAAAUUCAUUCAUCUCCUCCAACCCAAGCCGAUGCCGGACUCUCCUCCAGUGCAGUCUCCUCCUCUUCUAGUCUUCUUCUUCCUGCCCUUUCGAGCCCUUCUCAAUCAGCGCACUGCGAAGUGCGAACCAUUUCAUUUUUUCGAGUUAUGUUCGCCGCUGGUAUGAUUAAGGACUGCUUCUGCAGUCCUGCUUCGUGCUGGUAG